AUGCUGCUCACGCCCGGUUCGAAGAAAUGGUGCUACCGGCAGCGAACAGAUCUACCCGCGCUGCUGCUGUGGAGUUUAUGUGCGGUGCUGUGUUUUAAAUGUUCCAAUGCAACGAUUUACAGCGAGGGUGGUUCGGUGCAAUGGCAGGACCAAGCGGAUGGAGGAUUCGCCUCCACGCCGCAGAAGGUGCUGUCGAGAAAGCGACGGUUCUUGACGUUUCCUGAGGGAAGUUCCUUUCAAGUGGUUUACGAUCAAACCAUCCCGAUGAUUGGUAUCGAGCGGCUCAUUACGAUUGGCAUUACGGUGGCGCUUGCCUACGAGCUACCCAGCAUCACCCUCAACCAGAUCGAGCAGAUGCUGCAAGAAAAUGCGGCCGAAGGUUACAUCUUUCCCAAGAUGGAUGAAAACGCCAACAAUACCAUCCUCGUCGACAGCAAGGACUCCGUCACACCGGCCAGGAAAAACAUUUUCAGCUACUACUACCAAACACCGGCACAACCGGGCGGCGGCGGUGUGGGCACUGGGGGUAGCCACAUCAAUUACUACACCGCACCCGAUCGACGUUACGAUAAGUUUGAUCGAUACGGUCAACGUCUUCCCUUGUGGAAUCAGUACCUGGCGAACCGGUUGCCCCGGCCACCGUACGCCGAUCCGUCGCGCAAUGAUUUUGGAAGCAUCGUUAACAGAUACCUCCAAGGUUGGAUACGUCGCCAUCCACCGAACUAUCCGAUGGGCAAAAAGCGAUUCUACCCGGUGUUUGGUAAGCGCAGUAUACGCGAGGAUACCGCACCACUGGAUCGGCAUUUUCUCCAUCAACAUCGUGCAACGCGUCACGCACUGUACGAGCGGAUAGAACAGUUCCUAACGGCAAAGGGAAAACAUGGGCAUCACUGCGUGCUGCGAGCGCUGUGUGAAAGUGGACAGCGCAGCAAUGACAGCGAACCGGAUACAUUUUUAAAGGAAAUUCUUCGUGCCAUAUUUAGUCUUCCAGCCACGCAUGAAUCACCAACUCACCAGAAGCAUCGAGUGUACGAUGAAGCUCACGCCCAUGCCGGGAACUGUACGGAAACCUACUCGUACUGUGAGGACAGCUUUUGGUCGUCGAAUUUUGUGUUCUAA